UCGGCCAAGUCAGUUGGCAUCUCGCUGUCCGAGAGCAAAAUGACGCUUUCGUUUUCGAGCGCGAUCCCGCGAUCGGACGAGCCCGAUCGGCAGGUUGUAACGCCGCUGUAACUCCGCGACAGUGGAAAUUACGGUCUCCGCAGUUUACGUCACGCUUAACGCAAAUUACGAUCUAUGACGGACGUGUAUCGAUCGUUUAAGUUCGGAAGUGAAUAGAAAACUUUCAAGCCAAGUUUGCUUUAUGAGAUAAAAGUUGGUCCAGCGGAAGUUGGUGAGAAAGCGUGAGGGAAAGUGGGGUAGUAGUCGGCGGGUAUCAGGUGAGAUUCUAUCUCGCGAAAUUGAGACGACGAUGCUCGCGUCGACGCCCGGUGAUAUAAAUACGCGGGAUGUGAAGGAUGUGUUAAAAAAUUAGAAGACCCCGCGAGAAGAGCGGAGAACUUGGCAAUGGUAUUCGUAUUGAUUGCCAUGCCGACGUGAGAGGGAAGGUGCAGCGCCAAAAGAGAGCGCGGGGUGAAGAAAAAAAAUGUUAGCCGCGACGGACGCGGAGCAAGGCGCGAACAACGGCGGCGUGAUAGUGUCGCAGCUCGCGAAUUCGCACACUCCGCAGGACUUCACGGUCUCGCGCCUGCUGUCCACGCCGACGCACUCCUUGGAUUGCAGCGAGACUUCUUCUGCUGCUGGGAACAGAAGACCCAGGAGAAGCAGGACGACCUUCUCGGCGCAACAGUUAGCCGCGUUGGAAAGGGUCUUCGAGAAAACGCACUAUCCGGAUGCCUUCGUCCGCGAGGAACUGGCGACUAGGGUGUCCUUAUCGGAGGCCAGAGUGCAGGUGUGGUUCCAGAAUCGGCGGGCGAAGUUCCGACGGAACGAGCGGAGCUCGGCGAUGAGCCGGGGCGUCUCCGCGGGCAGGGAGAUGGAGGCCGCGCUACCGCUGCGCCCGAUCAGGGUGUCGCAUCCUCCGCAGCAUCCGGCGGAGAGCAACGCGGAAUCGUCGCAGGGCGCGGCUGCUACCACCCAAGUGACGGCGCAGUAUUCUUACGGCGAUUAUUGGCGAGCGACGCCGCAGCAUUACGCGGUGCAAACCGCCGCCGCGACCGCCGCCGGCUGCCACGGCUUCGCCGCGAACGGCGGCCUGGCGAACGUCGGCCUGCCGCCGUACCAUCAUCAUCAUCAGGCCGACAUCCACCACGGCACCCUCGACGGUGCCGCCGUGAACGGUCUGAGCGCCCUGAGGCUGCGGGCGCACCCCUACGGCUCGACGUAUCCAGCGAUGCACGCGAGUAUGUGACACUGUCCCUGGAAGUCGAGUCUCCGAGAACGCGAGAAUGUAACGCCAAGUCUUUGAAAAUGUAAUUUAGCUCGAGAGAAUUUAAGCUUUUGAAAUCGAGAUCGAAUUUACUUAAAUCACACAAAAAAAUAUUUUUAUUAAAAAAAAUACGUAUGAAAAAUGAUCUUUCUCGAAGUUAUAGAAGACUUAAGACGCGGCGCGGAACUGUUUCUUAGGACGUAGUAUCCAGUUAUAAAUUCGUGCAUUGAAGACUUGAAUAUUUAUUACGGUUUUAUUAACUUUCUUCUCUCGCGGAACAGACCGUUCGAGUUACUCCAAUAUUCUGGAGAUAUGAAGUGACGUAGAUAUGUGAAGAAUUAUUUAUUGGGAUUUUUAUAAGUGACCAGAGUUUAUUCGAAUCAUUCAAACCAAAGAUAAGCUUGACUGUUAAGAAUAAAUUUGAGAUCGUAGUCACGUCAAGAUGAUCUCGCGCAGCAUCUAGCAUCCCUGGGGCUAUGUGCAAAAACGGUACGUCGGAUAUUCUACGAAUUAUCGCUGCAAACGUCCAACGUUGAUCGUGUGCCUUAUAACCAACGAUAAUGUUUAACUGAUUAGAUUAGGUUUAAGCUGUAAGUUCUGAACACACAGGGUAACAAGUAAAUAAGUCAUAGCGCUUCUUUUUCCCGUCGAUAGAGUAGCACAUUAAGUUAUAUGCGGAAGUGUAUUGGAAUAUUUUAAGUACAGGAUAUACAGACGGCAUUCUACACAGAUUUGUGGCCUUAUACAGAUAUAUGUAGAUGGUAUAGACAACAUCGUGUGCAAUAAAAACAUUGAGAUCGGAGAACGUCUUCGGGUAUGUUUCUCUCAUUGAUAUAUACAUAUAUAUAAUCAGAAAAGUACACAACAUAUAGAUAUAUGUAACAAAUACAUGUAUAUAUGUACACAUAUCGAAAUAUAUAUUGGCACAGGAUUAGAAUACAGUCA